AUGCUACAAAUCCAGAGCAACAUGAAAAUUCUAAGCAACUUGUCAGCUAAAUCUCCAAACUUCUUGUUGACUGGCAUUCCUAGCUUGGAGUCUGCCCAGGCCUGGAUCUCCAUUCCCUUUUGUUGUCUUUAUGCCAUUGCCCUCUCUGGGAACAGUGCGAUCCUCUUUGUCAUCAUCACCCAGCAGAGUCUCCACAAGCCGAUGUACUAUUUCCUCUCCAUGCUGUCAGCCAUAGAUCUGGGCUUGACUGUUUCUACAAUGUCAACAACUUUGGGUAUCCUGUGGUUUGAUGCAAGAGAAAUCAGUCUAGAUGCUUGCAUCAUCCAGAUGUUUUUUCUUCAUGCAUUUACCAUAAUGGAAUCUGGGGUGCUAGUGGCUAUGGCUUUUGACCGCUAUGUAGCAAUCUGUAAUCCUCUCAGGUACACUACAAUUCUCACUAUUUCCAGAAUCAUUCAGAUGGGACUCCUAGUGAUUUUACGUUUUGUGAUCACAAUAACACCACUGCUUUUGCUCCUUAAGCCUGUCUCUUUCUGCAGAAUGAAUGCCCUUUCCCAUUCCUACUGUUAUUAUCCAGAUGUGAUUAAAUUAGCUUGUUCAGACAUCUGGGCAAAUAACAUCUGUGGAUUAGUUAGUCUCAUCCUGACCACAGGGAUAGACACCCCAUGCAUCAUUCUGUCUUAUGUCUUGAUUAUUCACUCUGUCCACAAUAUUGCCUCCCCACAAGAAAGGAACACGCUGUUCAGCACAUGUAUCUCCCACAUUGGAGCAGUUGCUGUAUUCUACAACCCCGUGAUAAGCCUGUCUUUGGUUCAUCACUAUCGUCGGUCAGCUCCCAAAGUGGUCCACUCAGUGAUGGCCAAUGUAUACCUGCUUUUGCCCCCUGUGCUCAAUCCCAUCAUCUACAGUGUAAAAGCAAAACAGAUCCGCAAGGCUGUACUGAGUCUGUACCUUACAAAAUAA